AUGUUGGACAUGGAUCAGAGCGUCAAGGACGCGUUUGUGCACAACGAGGACAAUGCUUCUAUUAUUCUAGACGAUAAGGUAUCGCGAAAUACACCGUGGACGCCCAAGAGCUUAGGACGAGCAAAGACGGCCAUUAUUUACAAACAAACAUUAAACGACACGUUAUUAGUACUGGAACGUAAUAUCUUGUUUCUUAGUGGAUGGGUGCCGUAUUUUGUGUCUUUGCAAGAAGAUAGUAUCCUUUUGUUUGCCACUCGUGAACGAUGGGAACAGGGACUGAAGCCUGAUAAGGUAAUUGAGCUGCACCACAUGUUGCUGCUUGGAGACAUGCAAGUUGAUGUGGUCGAAAACUGCUCCUCGCUGCAGAACAAGGAUGGUAACGUACGACUUUUUCGUCGUAAGAUUGUAGAAAUAGAUGAGAUAGACGAGGAUCAGAAUGAGGAGUUUCGACAGAGUUUGGCUGUGUCAUCAAGGAGCAGAAUGGACAAAAUUAUUGUAAAUAAGCCAAAUGCGAGUACACGCUGCGUCCUGGAAUUCAGCUCAUACAAUAUGAACACGUUCGAGUUGUGGACAAAAGCAAUUCGCCACAUCUUGGUCAAUAGACGAGAAGUACAUGUCAGAAGUUCACGCAAUAACCAGAGCAAGGAAGACACAGAUAUGACACCUAGCGACAGAUCAAACAAGAGCUGGGUAUCUCCGGGGCAAGAUUCCAAGGUGACUUUGCUUCAAAGUGAAAUAUGGUGCAACCGUGUGCUUUCCGGCGAGAAGCUGAAAGCUGAAUCCGAAAUUCGGCGGAUCGUUGCGAUGGAAAAGCUAGUGGCUCAAGUCACUCACCCACAAAUGGCGCUAUUGGUCUAUGAGAAGGUAAGCCGUGUGCACGAAUUGUUUUCGGCCAACAGUAGGCGAGAAAUUGAGGGUCUUGGCGGAAGGGAAGCCCCCAUUUCAGCAGAGGUUCUGAACUUCUUUGCGGACCAUCUCAAGAGAAAGUAUUCCGUUUUCUUGAUCCUUGCAUUAGCCUAUGGGGUCAAAGAGGAAGAAAUUCGAGAAGCACACGAGCGAAUGUGUCAAGAUAGCGCUGCUGUGAAUGCAGGAGUUGGUGGUGGUAGCGGCGAGCAGGAACGAACCGCUGCUUCUUACGGUUUCGAAGACCCGGAGAGCCUUCAGUUGUAUGAAAAAUAUCGCGAUUCGGCGUUACAUUACCACAAAAUGAACUACGGUGACACAAGUGCUGCAGAGGAAGAAGAUGCGAUUAUGCACCUUCCCGUUAUGCUGCAAGUUGCCAUCGUUAGACAAGACCUUGAAGAAUCAGGGGCAAUGCUCUCCAUUUUAAACACCGUCAAGGAUCGGCUAGUGGAGCAUUGUGCCCAGCAGAAUGAUUCCUAG